UCAAAGAUUCUGAAUUGGGUAAGUGCUAAAAAUUAGAAAAAAAAAGAGAAAGAUAUGAAUUCCAUAAAGGAUACAGUUUCUGAGAAGCUUUCACGUCUUUUUUCUGAUUCUCCUUCUAAAUCUUCAGAUCAACAACCUCAGGCCAGGCCAUACACCAAAGAGGGAAGAUCUUUAUCAUCUGUACUUUCUAUCUUUCUACCGUCAACGAGUUUUAGUAAGUUCAAAGGUGAAGAUGAUGUCAAGUCGCUUCAAUCACAUUCUUUUACGUGGAGAAGUAAAAGUUUCUCAUGGCGUGAUAGACCUUUGGAGAAAUACGCAGAAUGUGAUGAUCAUAAUGAUCACAUGGAAGAAGGUGAAAAUGGCUUGAUCAGGAGUUCAAUUGGUGUGUUGAACGAAUCGUUCUAUACACCUAGGUGUAAUGAAGAACCUAAUUCUGCAAGGAGCGUCGCCAGUGGUUUUGAACCUUUCGAAGAUGCGCCUGAUGGAGACAGUUUAGAGCAGUCCAUGCCUAAUCUCGUUGAUGAUUCUGUCUUCAUUUCUCCGGACUUGUAUGAUUUUUUCCAGUCUUCUCUCCCUAAUAUAGUGAAAGGCUGUCAAUGGUCCUUGUUGUAUAGCACCGCGAAACAUGGUAUAUCACUUCGUACGCUAAUUCGCAUGAGUGCUAAUUCUUCUGGUCCUUGCUUGCUGAUUACCGGCGAUAAGCAAGGUGCUGUAUUUGGUGGGUUGCUUGAGGCACCACUCAGGCCAACCGCGAAGCGGAAGUACCAAGGAACAGUUCAGUCAUUUGUAUUCACAACUGUAUAUGGUGAACCAAGGCUAUUCAGACCUACGGGUGCCAACAGAUAUUUUUACUUAUGCAUGAAUGAAAUCCUGGCACUUGGAGGAGGUGGACAUUUCGCGUUAUGUUUGGAUGGAGAUCUGUUAUCUGGUAAUAGUGGACCUUGUGAUACGUUUGGGAACUUAUGCUUAGCACAUGAUGAAGAGUUUGAGUUGAAGAAUGUUGAGCUGUGGGGUUUUACACAUGCAUCUCGAUACCUUACCUCGUAACAAGCCUGAAGUG